UGAUGAACAAUGAAUUAUCACAUUUCACUCCUAAUUUGAUUGCUUGAAAAUUCCCCACGCCCCUUUUGUCAAAGCGGAAAUGCGUAUUGAUUUGCGUUUUCGGGCGUAAAUUACAGCCACGCAUGAAUAGCAAAGACAAACAUGUCAUUGCUCUAAUCAAAAAUUGUCACCUUUCCCCGCUCCCCUUUCUCUUUCCAAAUCCACGAACAUCCUCUGGAGAUCAUGUCUGAAAAUCAUCUUUCACGUACUUCCAGUUGCGAAGAAAAUGUCAAGUUAUCGCAAUUGGUCACCACUUCAGCAGCAACAGCCGGAAUGUUAACACCUCCUAUGUCAGUCAAGAGCUUACAAGGCGGUGAUGCACUUUCAGCAAAAGAAGCAAAAAAGGCUGCAAAACUUGCAAAGAAAAAAGAAAAGAAAGGUCAAAAGAAUGAAAAGACCGCAAAUCCUAAAUCAACAUUGAACGAUCAAAUAUUUCAAUCAUUUGUCGAACAACUUUGUGCACAAGCGACAAAAGAUCUUACAAAUAAUCCAAAUUUGAUUCAAAAAUUGAUUGGAUUCAAUGAUAAUUUCAGACAUGGCUCAAUCUCAAAUUGUGAAAAGCCAUUGCCUCCUUUACCAACUGGACACGCAAAUCUACUUGCAUCAUCUAUUCGCAAAUUGCAUGCUGCUUACUCAUACAGUCUUCUGGAAUCAAAAGAUGAAAGUGCAUCAAUCAGUAGAAUCGUGAGUCAAUACGGUCGAACAACUCACAUGGGCGUAUUGGAUCCAAGUUACAAAUACUUCCUCAACGAACAUCAUACAGGUGCAAUCUACUACAAAGUCCAUAAUCAUGUUGCCGUGGUCGCUGGCGAUCCACUUUGUGCGCAUUAUCAGAUUGAUGACUUGCUACAAGAAUUUCAAAAGUUUCGUCAUAAGAUGGGUUUGGAUAUGGCUUUCAUGGGAGCAAGUGAUAGCUUUGCUCAAUAUGCGAGAAGAAGGAAUUGGACAACGAUGCACUUUGGUUGGGACAGAAUACUCAAUCCCACAACCAAUGCAUUGCUCAACGAUCAGGGCAACGGCCUUCCACAACCGUCGUCCACGAAGCGCAUGCUGACUCAAAAUCGAUCUCUGCUCAAUCCUGACAAGGGUAACUUGGAAAUUGGCAUUUACUUACCUUCUUUAGGUCAAGAUGAUGUUCUACAAGAGCAAUUGCGCACAAUUUACGACAAUUGGAGACAAGACCGUAACGAGAAAAGAGCGAAUACAACGCAAGCAUUCAUCACAGUGUACGACCCUUUUUCAUUACCAAAAAUGAUGGUCUACAUUUAUACCCGUGACAGGAAAACAGGAGAGCCAAACGGAUUUGCAGCUUUACGUAAGUUAGGAGCACAUAAGGGAUAUCAACUUGAUCCGUGUAUUGCUGCACCCGGUUGUGAGUUACGUGGAAUUUCCGAUUUACUGGUUUACGCUUCUUUGGUUCUGUUGCAUCAUGCAAAAAUUGCUUAGAUGAGCUUUGGAAUUGAGCCAAUUGAUGAAUUAGGAGAAAUUAUUGGAAUGCCAAGCCCGAUCGAAAAGAUAACAAGAAAUCUGUACAAGCGAGCAUUUGCGAAUUUGCCCUUGAGCGGCAAGAAAGCUUUUCACGAUAAAUUCAGACCAGAAGAGAGUGCCAAUGCACAAAGGCUGCAUAUCGUAUUCCCCGGCACGAUCACAAAUCC